AUGUCAUGCAGCAAGGAAAUUCACGCUCCACGAAGGUGGGUAGAACGGCACAAGCAAGUACAAGUGCUACCUCAGAAUGCCGUUGAAAAACUUAUCUCCAUGAAUGAACUUAUAGAGUUAGUCAUAGAAUGUGGGUUGUGUGACAAAACCAGCAUCAAAAAAAUGUACGACAAAAUAAAUACCUAUCAAUUUAUGUGGUGUAUAGUCGACACUAUUCCUGCAAGUCAGUAUGCUGAGGAGAUUUUCAAGAGCUCGCUGCAUUUUCUAUGUGCUCUGUUCCUUGUCGAUGAUGCAGUUGAAAGUUACAGCGCAAAUGAAAUGCAGGAUCUGAGCCGAUCCUAUGAUAUUCUGGAGAAAGAGGUAUGCAAAACAUUCCCAAACUUCCCUAGUAUCAACGAAAUGAAGGAAUCCCUAAUGCAUCUACGCAACCCGUUUGAUAGAUCAUCUAUCACUUUUUGUAUGCAGUAUGUUAACAAGAUUACUGCGAUUCUUCUUGAAGAAGGCAACACUCCACAUCAUGUAGUAUAUAACCUCAGACGAAGAACCUCUAAUGCAAUAUCGAUUGCUUUUCAAGCUGUGCUUAUUAAAUCAAAAUGUGGAAGCAUUAUUACGUCUCAUGAAAUGUUAUGGAGACGUGUUUUCGACGGCCUUGUCAUUUUGUUUUAUCAGUUUGGAGAACUGAUAUCUGGUGCAACCGAAACUGCUCAACAACAUAUCACUGUUGUGACAGAGCUGCGCAUGCUCGGAUGCUUAUACUGUAUUGUUAUCAAUGACUUGUACUCAUACCAGCGAGACAAGCUUGCUUCAUCAGACAACAUGAUCAAAACUUGGCUUUUGGAAAAGACGGUUUCCAGUUUGUCAGAGGCAACCGCUAGAUGCAGUCAAAUCCUUGAUGCAAUCAUGAAAUAUAUGUAUCAACGUGUGGAGCAAUGUAUGCAAAGCAAUCCUGGUUGUCCACAGCUUGAAUCUUUGUUAGAAACCACGAUUUACACAACAGUCGGUUGGAUCCGUUCCCAUACAACAGUCGUUCCAAGAUAUUCCGAGUCACAAUUGAAAGUUGCUCUAGUUGAGGUGGAAGAGAGAGAGCUACCCAAGUGGUUGGCUGAAAAAGAUGAGUACGGAUGGAAUGUUGUCGAAAAGUUCGUGGAAACUCUGAAUGAUGAAAAACACAAAGGGAUACUGGAUGCGCUCCAAGGGAUUGCUGAUGGACGUGAUCAACUCCUGAAAACACAAUUGGACAUCAGCUAA